GACAGCGGACGCUGUCCCUGGCGCUCAAGCGUUGACACCUGCGCCCCACGGCUGGCUGACGGGAAGCGGGCGGAGGGGCACCGCAAAGUCCCCAGGCCACCGCAGACACUCUGCGGGGUUCUAGGCGGGGGUGCGACUGUCGUGGGACUGCAGGAACCCCGGGAGCUAGGUUGUAACGCUCGCCGAACCCAAGUCCCACGGCCUGCUCAACCAGCGACCGGACACUGGUGCAGGCAGCCAGCGCCUUGCGUCCCCACUUUUCUCUAAUUGCCCACUUCUGCCGCCCAACGUGUUGUCGCAGCUCAGCCCUGCACCUGCCAGAGGGUUUCUAGGGUCGGUCUGGGCUCCGGGGCGAAAGCACAAACGCUGCUGCUGAGCCUGUUUCCGUAAGUUGGGUAGCGCCCCUUUGCGGUAGCAUCGCGGGAGGUGCAUCCUCGUCCAGCACGGCUGCCUCAGAUAGUAAUUCCCAAGAAGAAAAUAAUGGAUUGCCCAUCAGUUGCUCUUUAAGUGUUUGGACACAGCAUUGUGCAGGAUUGUUGCAAAGCCGGGAAGAAGAUGGCAACCCCUUACGUGCCAGUUCCUAUGCCCAUAGGGAACUCUUCUUCCAGCUUUACAACCAACAGAAACCAAAGAAGUUCUUCUUUUGGGAGUAUAUCAACAAACUCAAACUCUUCCAAAGGCCAGUUAGAAGACUCAAAUAUGGGAAACUUAAAACAGACAAGUGUACCUGAUCUAAUGGAUGGCAGUCCCCUCGUUAGGACUAAAUUUACAAAUGCAAAUUCUUCCAUUGAGUAUUCUACUAGACCAAGAGAAACUGAAGAACAAAAUUCUGAACCUGUGAAUUUGGAAGAUAGGCCUUCUACACCUACUAUUUUAGGUUACGAGGUGAUGGAAGAAAGAGCUAAAUUUACUGUAUAUAAAAUUCUAGUAAAGAAAAACCCAGAAGAAAGUUGGGUAGUUUUCAGAAGAUACACUGACUUCUCUAGGCUUAAUGAUAAAUUAAAAGAGAUGUUUCCAGGCUUUCGAUUAGCACUUCCACCAAAACGCUGGUUUAAAGAUAAUUACAAUGCCGACUUUUUAGAAGAUAGACAAUUAGGAUUACAGGCAUUUCUUCAAAAUUUAGUAGCUCACAAGGACAUUGCUCACUGCCUGGCAGUGAGAGAAUUUCUUUGUCUGGAUGAUCCACCAGGUCCAUUUGAUAGCCUAGAAGAAAGCAGGGCUUUCUGUGAAACUUUAGAGGAGACAAACUACCGUUUUCAGAAAGAAUUACUUGAAAAACAAAAAGAGGUGGAGUCACUGAAGAAACUGCUCAGUGAGAAGCAACUAUGUAUAGAGACGCUAGAGAAAAGGAUCAGAGCAUUGUGUUUAGAACCUGAGGAGUCACUGCACUUGUCAGGUGCAGAAGGUGAACAGGUCCUAAAGGUGGAUGCCCCUGUACUUCAGGUUGAUCAAGAAUUCUUGUGUGAAGAAUCCAGAGCUGAUGAGAAGUCAUGCUUAAGUUUUAGUGAACCUGAAAAUUCUGUGUCAGAGGUAGAAGUAGCAGAAGUGGCUUAUCAUGCAGAAGAAGACUAAUCCAUCAUAGACAUUCCUUCCCUUUCUACAUCUCAGCAGCUUUAGAUUAUUUACUGAAAAUAUAAGAAUGCACAUGUAUAAAGUUUACAUGAAGAAAAGUUUUUUUAAGUUAUGGGGAUAAGAAAUAUAUUCACUGAUGCUUUAAGUUGCCUUUUAUUCAACCUUCGGAUUUAAUACACUAAAAAAAAAAUCUAGUUAGAGUUCUGCUAUCAAGACCUACAUUCUUAAAUACUGUGCAUAAAUUAUUUUGGGGUUUUUUGUCAGUAUAUUGCUCCAAACUACCAAUAUGUGUUUAUGUUACCAGUUAUAUUAGUCAAAUGGAAAUUUAUUGCAUGUUGCUCUCACUAUCUGGUUGAGAUAUACUUCUUUGUGUAUCUGCCAUGGUUUAAAUAUGAAAGAACUAAGUUUUAAAUAUUGAAAUGUUUACCAUCUCAGAAUAAAAACCACUUAUUUAGAAUGCUACUAUAAAAGUAGAAAACUUUGUAGUACCAAAGGAAAAUUAUUUGACAUAGCUGUGAUAAUAUAGCUAAAGUACUAAAACAGCCUUGAUUUUGAAAGUUAAUUCAUUUAUGUCAAAAUACUAAAGUAUCCUGAUUUAUUGUUAUACUUGUUUAUUUUCUACAUAAUCUUUAUCUUAAAUCUCUACCUAGAGAUUUAAGAAUCAGUGAGUUUGCCUCUUUGAGACCACUACCUCUUUUUGCUAAUCAAGGCAUACUCUUUUGAAAAUAUAUUAUGGAUUCUAAGCAAACAAGGAGUUAUUCAAAAAAAUACAAAUAAAAAGCCACACGCUUUGAUGUGGCACACACACACACACACAAAGUUCCUAACUAUGUAGACUCCUGGCAUUGCAUGUCUAUAUGUGUAAAUAUGUUGCUAUAUUCUAUUCUUGGUGAUUUUCUUUUUCAUUUAUCUAGCAAGUGAUGCACUUUAUGGUAAUUAAAGUCUUUUGUGCCAAGUUGAAUUGGUGAAUUUCUUUAGUGAGUACAGUUACGACCUUCCGUACUUCACUUUUUACAAGUCUCCUGGGGUCUGCUUAUUUAGCUUUACAAAAAGGUGUCCAUUUCUGUUUUGUGUACAGUUGUCAGAAGUGCCUUGUUUCAUUUUUAUAGUGUGGUGUUAUUCAUUUUCUAUUUUUGCUGUUUUGCAUAUUGCUGUUAGUAAGCAUCAUAAUCAUGCUAGCAUUUUGAGAUGCUAGUUGGUAUAUUGUACUCCAUAUACCUGUUAAAAACUGAGGGGAACUUGCUGGGGAAAUAAAAUACCAAGCUUCAUUUUUUUUUCACUCACUGUCUAAAAGUGUGUCAGUAUCUUAAAUGUAUUAAGAUGUCAUUAUUUAAAAUUCUACUCACAUACAUGAACAGAUCCAAUGGCAGUUUCUCAUCUUUGAUUUAAAAAGGAGGCUACUUUUUACCAAAAUACCAAAAAUUUUAAAAGUCUUAUGUCAAAAUGCCCCAGGUAUGCACUGUCUCAGAGUAUUUUCCACAAAGUGUACCAGAAAUGUGUUUAAUAGCCUGGGAGAAAGAAAGAAAACAUAACACACUGGUCUACUUGUAUCUUUUAAAAUAUUAUUUUAGGUUUAAAAAGAACAAUCAUUUAAGUUAAUGUACUUUUUCAUUUAGUAAAAUGAAAAAUUUAGCACAUGAUUUUCUGUGCUAAAUUUCAGAUAUUAUAACACUACAUGUCUGUUUUAAAGUAAACCAUACAGUUUCAAAAUCUGGUCUUUCAUAAGAUUAUAUUCAAAUUUGAAACGAGUGAGGGAAAAUUCUUAUUAAUUAGGAAAGCCACUAUUAUUUAUAUUUAGAAUUUACUUUUUUACUUUUAUAAUGCAUUUUAUUCCCAGUAUUAUAUUUGUUUAAUAAAUUGUUUUUUUCAGUACAUAGUAGCUGUGUUAUUCAGAUAUUGAAUACUAUCCCUUCCAGUUUCUACGUUCUUUUCCCAUCCCAACAAUUAUUGUAAAUUUAGUUGUAGUUAACUGCUGCAUUUCACAGGUGUGUGAUGAGUUUUUCAGUUUACACUUUAUAUUAAGUCUUCGUGAAAAGGUGCAAUAUACUUCAAAUGUAACCAACAUUAAUUAAAAGAUUGAACAUAACUGAAACAAAACUCUUUUGUGGGUAAUCUUUUAACCUUUGAAAAAUGAAGUUUACAAACAGUACAACAAUAAAGUGUAGCAUUUUAAACUGUAUUAUCUCUCUGCCAUAUAGAUAUUAGCUACUGAAAGCACAUUUAUUUAGAAAACCAUGUUCCUGAGAUAAAUCAUCUGUGUAGUCUACUUCAACUGUCUGUGACAUUAUAGGGAACAUUGUGGCCUUACGUCUAAAAAUAACUUGGUUUUGAAAUGAAUUUUGUAACUUACUUUUAAGGAUUGUGUUAAAAACAAGUUUGUAUCCCCAACUAGGAAAUACGGAAAAUCUAAAUCUUAUCCUCUGGGAUAUUUCCACAGAGCUUCACAUCUGACCCACAUUUUGACUCAUCACAGAAUUAACUUUUCUUUUGGCAUUGUACUUUUUUUCUAUGUUGUCGUUUUCUAUUAGUAAAAACAGUCAUCAAAGCUUGUAUUUUUAAUAAUGUGUUUCUAAAGCUGAUAGGUGUACCACAUGUUAAAAAGAUCUCUCAGGUCUCAGCUCUAGUAACCCUGUGCUUCUCCUGAA